AUGGCUCGAAACGUUGAAAUCAAGGCAAAAGUGCGUGAUCGUCAGGAAAUUAUUCAACUUGCGAAAGAACUGACAAACGAAGAUCCAACUCUUUUGAAACAACAUGAUAUUUUUUAUAAUUCGCCGCAAGGUCGUCUGAAGAUGAGAACAGUAGAAGAGAACGGUGUGGUACGUACUGAACUAAUCUGGUACGAACGUCCAGACGUUGCCGGACCGAAGCUGUGCAACUACAGCAAGUUCGAUGUUCCAGCAGAUGUCCUUAGUUCACUUAAGGAAACGCUGAGGUGUUCUAUGGGCAUGAAAGGAGAAGUGAAAAAAGUUCGAUCCUUGUUUAUUUUCGAAAGGACACGCAUUCACAUUGAUAACGUGGAAGGUCUUGGAGACUUCAUGGAACUCGAGGUUUGCCUUCGCGAUAGCGAAUCUGUAUCCGAUGGGGAACUAGUGGCCAACGAAAUAACGCAGAAACUUGGCGUGUUGGAUGAAGAUCUACUUGAAGGAGCAUAUAUGGAUCUACUAAAUGGGCAAUAA